AUGGAUAGCGGAGAGGAAGCGGCGGUGGAGAAAGAGGAGAGAACCGACGCCACGACGCUUGAUCGGUGGCCCACUCGCUCGCGCAGCACCUCCUCUGCCCUCUGCGUCACCUCUCUCUAUGACCUGAGCUGCCCCCCGUCCGACCUGACCCCCGCCGGCUGCUCGGCUCUGCUCUGCACGCUGCUCGGGGCCGUGGUGAUCACGGUGGCCGGUAACCUCUUCAUCGUCCUCUCCAUCCUCUUCUUCAGGCAGCUCCAAUCUCGCUCCAAUGUCCUGGUGGCGUCUCUGGCAGUCGCCGAUCUCCUGGUCGGCCUCCUGAUCAUGCCCUUCAGCGCCGCACGCACCGCCUACAACUGCUGGUUCUACGGCGACCUCUUCUGCCGCCUUCACACGUGGCUCGACUUCUCCACCUGCACCUCCUCCAUCGCCAACCUAGCGUGCAUCUCCCUCGAACGCUACGCAUCCAUCGCGGAGCCCCUUCGUUACCGCCAGAUGGUGACGCCGCGUGUCCUGGCCGCCAUGCUGCUCCUGUCAUGGUCCGGCCUCCCCCUGUACGGCGCCACCUUCAUGCUGGGCUGGAACCUCGUGGGCAUCAAGCGCCAGGUGGCCGAGUCGAGCUGCCGCCACGACUGCCGCGUCUACAUGAACCCGGCGUCGACCGCCACGAAUGUCCUGGUGGCCUACGUGAUGCCGAUGCUGCUGAUGAUCGUGGCGAACGCGAAGAUUCACCGCCUCGCCCGGGCCCAGGCGAGAAGGAUCGAGGGUUCGGCGAUGGUCUCGGGGCGGGACGACCGUGCCUCGACGAAGCGGGAACACAACGCGACCCGGACGCUCGGCAUCAUCACGGGCGCAUUCAUUCUGCUCUGGAUGCCAUACUUCAUCUUGGUGGCGAGCGAGCCACUGCUGGGCUACGGGACGAGCCGAGCCGCCUGGGAGGUGGUGUGCUGGCUUCCUUACCUCAACUCGGCCGUCAACCCGGUCCUGCUGAUGGUCUUCAACCGCUCGUUCAAUGGAGCCUUCAGGCUGGCGCUGAAGGGCAGGGUCUUAAAGUCCGGGUGCAGAGGGAUCGACCUGUUUAAUUUCAGGGAUGGGAAUAUGUGA